AUGAUUGUGGACUUUGGAAAAGUGGUGGUGGUUUGCUUGGCAAGAAGGAAUACUGGAUUUGUGAAAUAUGGUAGUGAGGAUAGACUUUGGUGGUUGUGGGUGGCUGUGGUGGUAAGAGGUACAGAGAUGCUGGGAAAAGCUCUAGGAAUACCUGAAAACAGUGUGAGGACAUACACUGAAGCUGAAAUUCGGGCUAGUGUUAUUUUUCAGGUCUCAAAACUUUGUACCCUUCUUCUAAAAGCUGUUAGGACUACACUUGGGUCUCAAGGGUGGGAUGUUCUUGUUCCAGGUGCAGCUUUUGGAACCAUAAUACAGAUUCCUCGAUCUGUUGAUUCCUUCCAUUUUGAGGUGUUUCAAUACUUUGAUCCUCACUUAAGGCGUGCAUUCCUGUGA